AAAAAAAAAAAACUCCCAGGCGAGGAGUGGGAGGAAGCCAACUUGGAAACACCGCGGAGCCAAACUCACUCUUGUGGAGGACUGAGGCGCUCCGGCUCUGGACGCAGGCAGACAGCGGCUCACACAGACCGGACUUGUAAUGAACCACCGGAGCCUGAAUUCACUCCUGAAUUGCGCUGCACCUGGAAGUUCGAACCGAGCGUGAAACUUUCCGCGGGGGCUUCUCUUCUCCGUGUUGAACAAGCCGACCGUGUGUGUGUGUGUAUUGUAUUGCAUUGUAGUGUAGUAUAGCGUAGUGUAGUGUGUGUGUGCGCGCGCGUGGCCGGCCUGUGAACCGGAGCUGCGUUCGUCCCACAUGUUUCUCCUGCCUCGUUCUCGCUAGUCUCCACAACAAGAGCCAGGUGAGCGGACCGUCUCGGCCUUUCCUCCUUCUCCUUCUCCUCCUCCUCCCUCCCGGCGGAGGAGCUUCUCGGGGCGACGGGUUUGUACUUUACCUGUACGCACGCCGUGACGCACGGACCUCUUCGACGCUUCCCCAGUUUGUUUGCUUUUUCUUUACGCGCUACGGCUCCACGGUAGCCGCCGGAGCCGGAGAGGGGGGAAGAAACAACAACAACAAAAAAAAAAGUGUUGGGGAGCCGCGGAGCAAGAGCACCACAGGGCGGUCAUGGACCCACCAGGAGGCGGCGAGACCCGGCGGAGGGAAGGCAGCGGUAACCGGAGAAAAGCCCCAGUGGAUACGAUGCUCGCCGUCGGCUUCAUCUGCCUCCAAGUUCUGUCCAUCCAGGCUGCUGCCAUCCAGUUCACCAAGGAGCCCAAGUCCCAGGAUGCCCUGCACGGCCGCAGCGCCAUCCUGCGCUGCGAGGUCAGCGACCCGACCGACAUCACGUACAAAUGGCUGCACGACGGGCAGUCCCUGCAGGACGACGAGAGGCGCCACCAGGAAGGCAACAACCUCAAGUUCACGGCCGUCGAUCGCCGCCUGGACGCGGGGAACUUCGUGUGCGUCGCGGAAAACUCGGCCACGGGAGAGGAGCUCCACUCCACCAACGCCUCCUUCAAUAUCAAGUGGUUGGAAAGCGGUGGCGUGACUCUGAAGGAGCCCAGCUCUGAAGGGGAGAUCGAGAGCUCUGCGCCGGUCACGUUGCGCUGUCACAUUGACGGACACCCACGGCCGACGUGUCAGUGGUUCAAGGACGGAGUGAAGCUGAUGGAGAAAACCCAUCAGAUCAACAACAAGGAGAGGACGCUCACCUUCAAGAGCGCCAGCCCCGACGACAACGGCCUGUACUACUGCUGCGCCAAGAACGCGGCUGGGCACGUCUGCAGCAACGUCAACUUCACUCUCAACAUCAUAGAUAAGACUUUCCCGCGGCCGGUGGUCACUCCCGAGGACCAGGUGGUGCUGAGGAACGAGGAGGCCGCGUUCCACUGCCAGUUCACCGCCGAACCAGCCCCCACGCUGGAGUGGUACCACGAGACCGAGCUUCUGGCGAACAAGACUCGAGUCUUCCUGCUCUCCAACGGGACUCUGCUGAUCACUCAGGUCAAGAACAGGAACACGGGAACCUACAAGUGCGUCGGCCGCGGCCUCCGAGGACCCCCUGUCACGCUGGAGGCGUCCCUCCUCAUAGCAGAGAUAGAAGACAUGAUGCCCAGAGCUCCUGAAGUAUUCACGGCCGACAGCCUGCAGCGGGUGUCGUGUCGCCCCCCGCAUGGGAAGCCUAAGCCCGAGGUGUGGUGGGAGAGGGGAGGUCAGCGAGUGCCCACGGAGGGAAGGGUUUACCAAGACGGCCUGGACCUGGUCUUCAGUCCGACAAAGGAGGCAGAUUCGGGCGCCUACACCUGCGUGGCCGAGAACAAGGCCGGACGCAAGACGCAGGAGGUCAUAUUCACCGUGGCCACUUCCCCGUCGUGGGUGACGAGGCCUCAGGACAGCUUUUUGGAAGAGGGCAAACCAGGUUUCCUCCACUGUCACGCUCAGGCGAACCCUCAGCCCGAGGUCAUCUGGCUCCGCAACAACAUCAUGAUCACACCCGAGGACUCUCGCUUUAAGAUGUUCCCCAACGGCAGCCUCAGGAUCAACAACGUGGAGGUGUACGACGGACAGAUUUACGGCUGUGAAACCAGGACUAUCGCCGGCCAACUGUCCGGCCAGGCUAGAGUUACCGUGCUCGAGAAGCUGAAGUUCACCCCGACCCCCCAGCCUUCCCAGUGCCUGGAGCUGGAUAAAGAGCUCUCCGUCCAGUGCUCCGCUACGGGCCGAGAGACCCCCACCAUCCGCUGGAGCAAAGCAGACGGAGGAGAGCUGCCGCCUCACGUCAACCAGAGGAAGGGGCAGCUCCACUUCACCAAAGUCACCCGCAGCGACGCCGGAAACUAUACCUGCAUCGCCUCCAACAGCCAGGGGGAGAUCAAAGCCUCGGUGACCCUCAAUGUGGCCGUCUACAUUCGCUUCAAGAUGGAGCCAGACGACACAACCGUGUACCAGGGGCACACGGCCAUCCUGCACUGUCAGGCCACCGGCAGCCCCGAGCCUCACAUCCACUGGAUGGUUAAAGACAAGACGCUGAACCUGAGCGACAGAUUCCAGAAGAUGCCCAACGGCUCCUUGGUCAUCACAGAUGUCACCACAGACGACACGGGCAGGUACACGUGUGUGGCCGGAAACAGCUGCAGCAUCAAAGACCGCGUGGCUCAGCUCUACGUCGUGGAAAAACCGGUUCACGUCAACGACAACGAUGAGGACAAGGCUCCUUACAAGAUGAUCCAAACCAUCGGCCUGUCGGUGGGAGCGGCUGUGGCUUACAUCAUCGUCGUUCUUGGGCUCAUGUUCUACUGCAAAAAGAGACGCAACGCCAAGAGACUGCAGAAGGGCCAGGACGGAGAGGAGCCCGAGAUGGAGUGUCUGAACGGAGGGGCGGUCCAACAGAACGGUCACACCACUGCUGAGAUCCAGGAAGAGGUGGCGCUCUCCAGCAUGGGUACCAUCGCAACAACGGAGAAACGCCACAGCCACGUCAACAACGACAAGCUCCACUUUCCUCGAGCAAACCUGCAAACUAUCACCACUUUAGGCAAAGGGGAGUUCGGUGAGGUGCUGCUGUCCAAAGCUAAAGGUAUUGAGGAGGGCGAGGAGGAGACGGUGGUGCUGGUGAAGAGCCUCCAGACCAGGGACGAGCAGCUCCAGCUCGACUUCCGCCGCGAGGCUGAAAUGUUCGCCAAGCUGAGCCACCGCAACAUCGUCCGCCUGCUGGGCCUCUGCAGGGAGGCGGAGCCUCACUACAUGAUCCUAGAGUACUACGACCUGGGAGAUCUAAAGCAGUUCCUGAGAAUUUCCAAAAGCAAAGAUGACAAAGUCAAGUCUCAGCCUAUCAGCACCAAGACCAAAGUUUCCAUCUGUGCCCAGGUGGCUCAUGGGAUGGAGCAUCUGUCCAAUCACCGCUUCGUUCACAAAGACCUCGCCGCCCGAAACUGCCUGAUCAGCAGUCAGAGGCGAGUCAAAGUGUCAGCGCUGAGCCUCAGCAAGGACGUCUACAACAGCGAGUACUAUCACUACAGGCAGGCAUGGAUCCCGCUGCGCUGGCUCCCGACGGAGUCUGUGUUUGAGGACGACUUCUCCACCAAGUCUGACGUGUGGGCCUUCGGAGUGUUGAUGUGGGAAGUUUUCAGUCACGGGGAAAUGCCGUAUAGCAAACUCAACGACGAUGAGGUGCUGGAAGGUCUGCAGACAGGGAAGCUGAAGCUGCCCGUUCCGGAUGGAUGUCCCUCCAAAAUCUACAAGCUCAUGGUGCGCUGCUGGGCGCUAAGCCUCAAGGAGCGCCCCUCCUUCCCCGACAUCGUCCACGCCCUGGGAGAGGUGCCCUCUGACAGCAAAGUCUGAGAUGACCCCUCACCCCACAGCAGAGGGGAACUUGUACCAACCCCCUUCCCCUAAAAACAAAGACGCGAAUGCUGGAUUUAUUAGUCUCACACAUUUCAGGGAAGAGGGUUGAGCAGAAAACACUUUUUUUUUUUUAUAUGCAUUUCAAAAAAAACUUGGGAGUGUGGAUUCUUUUGCUUUAUCAGUGGAAAUGCACUCGCGUUUGCGUGAUUGUCUCCGUGCGAGCUGUGCCAGGAGUUUGCCUUAACCCGCGGCCUCGAAGUCCCUCCCCUCCGGCCCGUGUCUGUGGUCCCACCCGUGAGAGACACUGUGUUUCACGACGCUUCACGAUCUCAGUGCCUCUGCCUUUCCACACGCACACUCGCUGAAACUUUUUACUGCUUCGUCGGGAUGUUAGACACCGCGCUUCGACUGGGUCUGAACAACAGAGAGGAGCUCAAAUAAAACCUGCCGUUUUCGUUCACCUCUUCGAGUUUUUCUCUCGUAAAACUCGAGCGUUUGUCGAAGGGAACGUUGGAUUUAAGGUGAUUUCAGCAUUGAAACUUCUUAAAAAUCAAGCCUUUAGAAGUGUGUCAAGUGAGAUCAUUUUUAAAAAAAAAUAAAAAAUCCAACACCCGUAAGGUUUUAGGUGAACCCUUCCUACUCUGUCCACCGGGGACCCUGCACCAUUCCCUCAAAUUGUGUGUGUGCACACUGAACUGUUCACGAAGAAGAAAUGGAGUGAAGUUUGCAUGAAGUUUUGUCGUUCGAACAGAACUUGUGGAACAAAGUAAUCCAUGCUAUGGUAACACUUCAGGAACAAAAAAUAAAUAAAUAAAAGUUUUAUAGCCAAGGAAUAUAUUGAAUAGAUUGUGCCAGUGUGGGCUUUAUACAUUUUUACAAGUGUGCUCUGUUCUCGUAUUAACCUUGAGGUGCUUAUUUGUCGUGGGUGAGAAUAACCCAAUGUACCGCAUCAAUUUUUUUUUUUUUUUUUUAAAAAGAAAUCAUGUCGUCUCAGUUGCAGGGAUUUCGCCUAUCACCACGUUUAACCUGCGACAUAAUAUCUUCAGAGGUCCAAUCACAGCAAUGCUGCAAAGUGGACCAUCACACCAGGCAAUCUGUACAUAAUGUAGAAGCCAUGCACUAACUUCACUUAAAAGAAUACCCCUCUUUAUUUCUAUCAUGUUGUGUAGAAGGACAUGCAGGUGCCUGUUUAUUUAUGAUGAAGGUCCUGUUUUUCUUUUCCUUUUUUUUUUUUUUUAAACUAUGUUUAUAAUAGAAAGGUACUUCUGUGAUCUAGUUAAGCUGUUACUCAUUCUCUCUGUGCAUCUCAGUGUCUGAUAACCGGCUGAAUAUGCUAAGACAAAGUACAAAAGGAGGUCAAAAGAGUGUCUGCAGGUCACCAGUACUCAUUUAAGUGCCUGGUAAGAAAUGAAGGAUUAUCUUAACUGUUUCCCUCUUGUUUUUUUCUUUUUACAUUAUCUAAUCAAAUGCAAUGGCCUUUGUUUAUGAAGCUGUUUUUUUUUUUAUAUACGUUUUUAGUGUAAUGUUUUUAUGAAUGAUGCUAGGCACUCACACCUAGACCUGUUUUUUUAAUCUGCUUCAGCAAAUGUUCACAGUAAUCACAAAUAUAUACAAAAGUAUACAUGCUGCUGUCAAUAAAGGUUCACAGUGUUUUUA